GCCCCCUUCCUCCCCGGGCCGGCGUGUUGUGAGGGACAGUGAGAGGGAGCGGGCGGCGCGGGCCGGCGGGCGAGCUCCGUGAGUGCGGGAGGCGGGGCGCCCGGCAGACCAGGCCGAGAGUCCCGCGCGCGUGUGUUGUGCGCGCGUGAGAGAGGGCGCGAACGAGUGCGUGCCCGCCGCGGCCCGCCCGCCCGCCGCCCCGAGCCGAGGACCCCGCGAGCGCCGAGCGCCUGGAGCCCGUGGCCGAGGGGCGCCGGGCCCGCGCGCGCGCGCACGCACGCACGCACGCGGGGGCGGGGGCAGGCGCGCGGCCGCCUGUCGCGACUGUCGGGGGGCCGAGGCCCAGGGGGAGGGAGGCGGCCUGUCGCGGGUCGCCCGGCUCCCAGAGGCGAGGGGGGCGCGGGCGGAUGGCGGAAGGCGCCCAGCCGCAGCUUCAGCCGCUUCAGCCGCUUCAGCUUGGGCCCGGCGCCGCUGCCCGGGGGAUGAAGCGGGAGUCGGAGCUGGAGCUGCCGGCGCCCGGAGCGGGAGGAGACGGAGCCGAGCCCGGCCUGAGCAAGCGGCCGCGCACGGAGGAGGCGGCGGCGGCCGACGACGACGGCGGCGGCGGCGGCGGCGGCGGGAUGCAGAACGAGCCUCUGACCCCAGGUUAUCAUGGAUUCCCAGCACGGGACAGCCAGGGUAACCAGGAGCCAACAACAACUCCUGAUGCAAUGGUUCAGCCUUUUACUACCAUCCCGUUUCCACCUCCUCCACAGAACGGAAUUCCCACAGAAUAUGGAGUGCCACACACUCAGGACUAUGCCGGCCAGACCAGUGAACAUAACCUGACACUCUACGGAAGUACGCAAGCCCACGGAGAGCAGAGUAGCAACUCACCCAGCACACAGAAUGGAUCUCUUACGCAGACAGAAGGCGGAGCACAGACAGAUGGCCAGCCAUCACAGACACAAAGUAGUGAAAAUUCAGAGAGUAAAUCUACCCCUAAACGGCUGCAUGUCUCUAAUAUCCCUUUCCGCUUCCGGGACCCCGAUCUCCGACAGAUGUUUGGGCAAUUUGGCAAAAUCCUAGAUGUAGAAAUAAUCUUUAAUGAACGUGGUUCCAAGGGAUUCGGGUUCGUAACUUUCGAGAAUAGUGCUGAUGCAGACAGGGCCAGGGAGAAAUUACACGGCACCGUGGUAGAGGGCCGUAAAAUCGAGGUGAAUAAUGCUACAGCACGUGUAAUGACCAAUAAGAAGAUGGUCACACCAUAUGCAAACGGUUGGAAGUUAAGCCCAGUAGUUGGAGCUGUAUAUGGCCCUGAGUUAUAUGCAGCAUCCAGCUUUCAAGCAGAUGUGUCCCUGGGCAACGAAGCAGCAGUGCCCCUAUCAGGAAGAGGGGGCAUUAACACUUACAUUCCUUUAAUCAGUCUCCCUUUAGUUCCUGGAUUUCCUUACCCAACUGCAGCCACCACGGCGGCCGCUUUCAGAGGAGCCCACCUGAGGGGCAGGGGGCGGACGGUUUAUGGUGCAGUGCGAGCGGUACCUCCAACAGCCAUUCCCGCCUAUCCAGGUGUGGUUUACCAGGACGGAUUUUACGGUGCUGACCUCUAUAUAGAAUCUGCAAACUGCUUCAGAUCAAACAGGCCGGAUAUGCAGCCUACAGAUAUGCACAGCCUGCUACUGCAACCGCAGCCACGGCUGCUGCAGCCGCUGCCGCCGCUUACAGCGACGGUUAUGGCAGGGUGUACACAGCUGACCCCUACCAUGCCCUUGCCCCUGCCGCUAGCUAUGGAGUUGGCGCUGUGGCGAGUUUAUACCGAGGUGGCUACAGCCGAUUUGCCCCCUACUGAAGUGACGUGAGACCCUGCAAGUGGGACAGCCCCCAGUUCAUGAGGCCUGGCUAUUGCAAUAUUUACUAGUAGAGGAACUCUAUAGCAAGAUGAAGAGGAAAAACAAACAAAACAAAACAAAACAAAAAACAAAAAAAAACACAAAAAAAGAGAGAAUACUUUUUUAUACCUCACUAUGUUCUUUGAAUAUGUAUUUUUCCUUUAAAUUUCUGCCUUUAAUUCUUUUGUUCCAAAGAUUGUGCAUUUUUUUCUCUUUUAUUUUUUCCUUUUUUUUUUUUUUUUUUUAACUGUGGUAAAAAAAAAAAAUGCAUUUCCAUGUCUGUAUGUCCGUGCUUAGCUUUCUGUCAAUCACGGAAGAGGCAAGUAAUGAGGGAAGAGAGAGAUUAGGAACUGAGAAAUGCGUCUGAUCAGAAAUCAGCAGACAGAAUUACCAAAGUGUAUGGUGCUGGCCGGCGAGGGGACACACAGAGGCGAGAGAGAUCUUUCUACCACAGGAUAGCCUUCUAGUCUUCUGAGUUUCUGGUCUUUGGCAGGCAAUUCUGCUUGGUUGUGGCUGGAACCCACAUGCUAAUGGAUGAUAGGAAUUUGUGCUUGCCAAGCAGGAGAAUUAAAAAUUCACUCUCCUCUCCUCUUCCCUCCUGUCUUCUCCAUUCUUUUUACAAUCAUCUUACAUGCACAGCCUGAGACAGUUGGCAGAGUUUUUGGAUUGUAAUAUUAAUAUUUCCAAACUUGCUCUCAGACUGUGGAUAAUAAACACCUCAUUAGGAAACCAAUCUCAGAAUGAACUCUGGAGUAUGAAAAAGAUUCUUUUCUUUCUUGCCAUUCUAGCAUUCCUGCUGGGCUCCUUCCCUUUUCACUGAACCACAGCUUAGCUCAUCUAUCCUUUUAGGAACACCUUGCCCGAAUGUCCUCAAGAUUCAGGAAUUUAGGACCCAGGGACAGAAAAGUAAAUAAAUAGCUAGCGGCCAGCUUUCUUCCUGGACACGGUUUAAGAAUGCAGUACAAUUUGUCAAGAGCCAGUACAGAAGAGAAAGGGAAGAGACAAGCUGUUAGACUGUCUGCAAGGCACUCUGAUGCUCCCGAUCUUCCUCUUCCAUGAGAAAGGCAGUUCAGAGUACAAGGCAGAAUGAAGACUUGGCAAGAGGCAAGAACCGAGUCCUGGGUCAGCUGUCCCUGGAAGCCUGUCAGGGCGGCGAUGGCACUGUACUAGCUCCAAAGCCAUAGGAAUGUCAUCCUCCAGAGCCUUUAUGAGUCUCUCUCUCCAGUCUUGAGCCCCCGUGGCCAUUCCACCCAGUUUCUUAUUAUCCUCCAAAGACCCCAGCUGAGCACCUGGACCACUUGGUAUUCAUGAACACUACAGGACAGAAAGCAUGAAGCCCCGAGGCUGCUCUCCUCCAGUGGGAAGGAAGCAGGGAUGGCCAGGAGCUACGGGGCGGCCCAUGCAGUGUGUCAGGGCUGUUGCUGAUAGAGGCAAGGGUCCUGUCUUUCAGCCUGAAGGCAUAGAAAAUAGGAAAGCAUAGUCUGUCUGGCUCCCUGGUCUGUUCACUUUGGUACUAGGGUGACCUUUCACCCAAGGGAUAGCUCAUGAAGGGAGUAAUUCAAAGACACGGAGCUUCUGGUUUGUUAUGGGUUUGGUUUUGGUUUUUUAAUUCCUGCCUCCACACCUGUUCUUGACUGAUUGGUGUCCCUGCAUUAAAGUGACUGACAUGCGACAGCAUCAAGCAUCUUUGUAAGCAGUCAUGUGUCUGGGAGGGACUGGCCUGUCGGCUGUAAUACAUGUCUCUCCCCUUGUGAAUCCUCUGUCCGAGUAACUGGGAGAGAGGCUGACCCUGAAAUUAGGGGAGACAUCAAGGAAGAUAGAGGCCUUGAUGCAGUCGUUGAUUCUGGGGAGUGUGUAGAAUAGGGGACACCAAGCUGCCCAGUCCACUGGCCACUUCUUAAGGGUUCACCUCCCCAAGCCAAAGUUUGCUUUGUUGCUGUCAAGGCAGUUUUUGUUGUGUGUAUAUAAACCUUUUAGUUAGCGGUGGGGGUGGGAAGUUCUAGGGAAUUGGGGCGCAGGAAGAUUUCUUUUUCUUUUGUUUUGAGGUGAGCUUUUACUGACUAAAGGAAAUGAGAGAAAAGUUCAUGUCAUGUUCAAAGAGGGCCAUUCUCACAGAAUGGCAAGAACCUCCUUGGAGACAAGGCCACAUUCUGAACAGCCGUGUCCGCAGCAGAGAGGAGGGCAGCGAGUUUAAGAGUCUUCUCUUCCCCAGGAAUAGAUGAGGAUGAAGGCAAAGGUAGAGAAGGCAGCUCCCACGACCCUUUUAAGAGGCAGAGCUUGAGCGGGAGGUACCUUCUGUGCAUUUCAGUUCAGCUGGUUCUGGCUGAGGACCCCGGGCAAGCUCCGUGUUCACGGGCUUCUGCUGCCUUCUAGGCGUGGUAACACUGCUCCCCCAGCUCCUUCCUGAGCAGGACCCGGUGGGUUCUGCUGCUCGCUAACGGGCCUCUGGGUUUGGGUAUCCCCCCUGAGAAGUAGGCCUCGGAAACCCCUGGGUUUGGCUGUAUUGGCCUCCCAUCCACCUUUGAACUUGGAGACUCCAUCAGAGGCAGGUUCCUCCAGGACUGAGUAACCGAGUCAGAAGAGAGUUUGGCAUCUUGCGAGUUCGUUAGAGCGUGCUGGUUGAUAAUUCCUAAAAACAUACUGAUGCUGAGUCGCUGUGCAGGAGAGAUUUCAGCAGCUCACUUAGCUCAUGACGUGGACUUCCUAUACUAAGCAUCUUGCUCUUAGAAGCUGGGCUCCUUCAAGGAGACCCUUAGUGGAGAUCUUUAUCUAAACACGCCUCUUUGCCCCCAGAGAGCUGCCCUUAGGUCUUUCCCAGAACCCCUAGUAUUACACAGCUCCGCCCCCAAGGACUGGGUCAGGGGUCAGCUGUGGCGAUUGGUCCUUUCUAAGACUCGGGUCUCACAAAACCUGCCAUCACCGUUAUCCUCCAGCAGCCACAGUCAGACUGAGCCUCUCGUUUUCCUUACAAAAGGAAGGGGGCCAGGGCUCAGCUCUUAGUUUAAGGGGAGCUAGUGGAGAUCUAUUUCCUAGAAAUAAGCGAUAGCAGCUUUUCUUCACACGUGUGACUCCUCGGAGGCUGAACUGCUCUUAGUGAAGGUUAGACUUUCCUAGAGGCAGCCGAGAUUUCGGUGAGGCGCCGUCACCCUGUGACUAGUCCCGUAGCUUCCAGAUAGGAGGGAAGUGGGAACUUGGGAUGGAAGCAACUCCAAGGACCUGCGAGGUGGGCUUGAUUACCCCUUCCCUCUGGCAGGAGAACUUGGCCAAGCAAGAGACAGUCUGGAAGGCACUAGACAUGUAAGGAAGGAGAGGGGGCGCUGUCAACCUCCCCUGUCGCCAAGGCCGGCCGCUUCUCUGCUGCUUGCAACCCUUUAGCACAGUAACAUUUGCAGAUUUUACCCCCACCCUCGCUCCACCCCCGGAUAACGAGGAAAGAGACCUUGGGUGGUGGGGAAGGGGUAGUGGUGUUUUAAAAGCAUAAGUUACCUGUUUGCACUGUUUUAAGAUAGGAAAAAAAAUAGUGGGCAAGGUGAACAUCAGACGUAAAUUUGUGUGUUUUUAUUUUGUCUUGCUCUUGAAAAUGUUUGGCCAUUUGUAGUGUACACAGUGAAACUUGAUUCUCUGUUGCAUAAAACACUUUUAUUUUACAUUUUGAAAAUGUUACUGUUCAAAAGCCUCUUCCUUCCCUCCCUCUCCCCUUUCCUCUGUACUUCCUUCACACUUGCUUUACUGAUCAACCAGGCCAUAGCCAUCCGAGUGUCAGCUCUCAGUGCGGGAGCUAGUGGAGCACGAAGCAGGGACUCCGGUGUCCCAAGCCAGCACGUGCCCUCCGGGGUGGGGAGUGUGGCGGAGUGCCUGGCACCUGUCCUCACAGUGAGGCUUGCAGACCGGACCGCAGCCGGUUCUCCAAUUCCUGAUCCCCACACGGAGCCGAGGCACGAGGGUGCUGGAGGGCCGCAGUUGGCUGUGGGGGCUGAGUUCCCAUCCACGUCACCAGCACUGUAGCCAGUUAGUUUACUCAGGAAAACGGUCGAUCACUUCAGCCAUGGCGGUGCUGGUUGGCAGGGAUUGGUGACUGAGAACGUCCAUCAGCCAACACCCAACCUUGCCUUUAGGAGCCUGCCAGUGCGGGCCGGACCUCUGCCGGCCGCUGUGUGUGCCGCUGGGAGGGCUCGGCCACUGCAGGCAGAAAGGGAACGCUGGUUCUCUUCUCUCUCCUGCCCCCCCCCCCCCCCCCCCGUCCCUGUGAGCGACACCAGAUUCCCAGGGGGGUCCACGAGAUUUUGAAUUUUAAAAAAACAAAAAAAAACUGUCUUUUUGGUUUAGUUUUUCUGGGGACUAAGUGCUUUGAGCAGUGUCUGUGCCCCUUCAAGGCUCCGAGCUUAGUCAUUUCCUGUAUUUUUCUGUUCACAGUAUUUGUGUGUGUGUGUGUGUGCUUGUUUUGGCAGCUCGUUUCGGCUGUAUUAUAUAUCGAGUGUGAAUUGAUCCUCUUUUUUCCCUAAGGGACAUGAGUUGUUUCUCUUGUGUUAUAAUUCUGCUUGUGAAAAGCUGGAGCAAACCUGGGGCUGCCACACGUAAGCUCGGGCUGUGGAGCUGAGGGCCGGGGUCCCUGUGCCUGGCAGGUGGGCUCCCCGAGUCUCUGAGCUCUCCAGUCCAAAUCUUUGCAAGGCUCAAAACGCCACAGCACCUCUCCUCCCACCCCCGUGGCAGGGACCGAACCAGCCCUCCACGCCACACGUGUCCCCCGGCCCCUCCCAUUGCCAUGGCAAACAGGUACCUUCGGGGCCCGGGGGUGUCACGUGGGAUGCUUGUGUAACUGACCGCCUCGCCUUCUCGCCCUCCCCUCCCCAGAUCACUUCCUAGGACCCCCGAGCUGCUCGCCCAGGGUCCCGUUUCCCUGCGGACUCCAGAGAAGCACCCAGGGCUUUGUGACAGCCUCUGACUCCCUCCCUUCUCGUUAAGAAUCAUAUUGUAUAGUAGCUUUCAGACCAUACAGUAUUCAUUGGGUUACUCCUAUUAUUAUCAAGUAGCUGGAAUUGUGAAGGUCGGAGUAGUUAGAUCUUUAGCUUUUAUUCCUUUUUUUUUUUUUUUUUUGUAUUACUAUCCAUGUGUAUAAAUUAUUGAUCAUGUUGCUGGCUUUUAUAAACUCUACGCGAAGGGGGAGCACCACCUCUGCCUUUGCCAAUGGUAAUGAAGCACUGUUUUUAAAUAAAAGAGAGAAACACCA